AUGCCAAUAGAACUGCAUACAUCGAGGGCUGGAGUACUGCUGCGUUGUCUAAAGGCAACUCGUUUCAUUGAUAAUCAAAACGUCCAUGAAAAAACAGCGGAACCUGAGCCGACCAGCAACGAUGUCGUUAAGAUGAUUCUCCUUGCUAACAACCGCUUGACAGAUGCAUUUAUUCGGGAUGUUCAAUACGUAAUCAUUUCUGCGAUAGUACGACAAGUCUGGACGGUAUGUCGCUGUGACUGGGUAGAUAGGUUCUGUAUCGCUAGAUCUCUGUAUUCGAUGUUAAAUGAAAUGUUUGAUGAACGUACCGUUCGCAGCACGAUCAAAGAAAUUCAUCACGAAGUGAACAUGUUACGUGCUGCAUCAGAGCAACUAUGGGCUAAGUUCGAUGUUGAGAUUUGGCUUAAGACGGGGUGUUGUGCAUUACUUCGAUCCGAGAGAGCAAUGCAACGGGUUAUGGACAAGUUAUGUACUGGAAUAAAUGUAAUACCUUUGGUGAAAGCACUAGCAGUCGACUACUUGCAAAGUGCUGAGGAGCGUUUCGGUCAAGGGUUAACAAAUGUUGCUGAGGUUACACCGAGCGAGGACGGCGAACUACGGAUGGUGAAUAGGGCUAUCGAGGCAGUACUAUAUGAGACCAUGCAGAAGAAACCAGCAAGAAUUUCAGAAACCAGGACGAGAAACGCCAUCAGCUGA